GCCGCCGCCGCCGCCGGGUUGCCUGGGCGGCGGCCGUCAGGGCUCUGCGUCCCCACCUCCUCCCGUCCGUAAUCAGUGACGAGGUCCGCUACGUAAACCCUUCGCGGCGGGAUAAAUAAAGAAGAAAACAGGGAAGGAGCAAAGCGUUCUUUACACAUGUAAUAAUAAUGAGCAAAUGUGGCAGGAAAAAGUAUAUGAGGACAAAUGUAAGGCAAAUGACCAUGGAAACAGUUGAAUCACAGCAGGAUCGAAGUGUAACACAUUCUGUGGCAGAGCGCAGCUCUGCUCAUGUGCAUACUGGCCAAAUUUCUGUUCCUACUCUAGCUCAGGUUUCUGUAGCUGGAUCAGGCACUGGAAGAGGCUCCCCAGCUGUGACUCUAGUACAGUUACCUUCAGGCCAAACUGUACAGGUCCAGGGAGUAAUUCAGACACCACAUCCAUCGGUUAUUCAGUCACCACAAAUACAAACUGUUCAGGUAGCAACAAUUGCAGAGACAGAUGAUUCUGCAGAAUCAGAAGUAAUCGAUUCUCAUAAACGUAGAGAAAUUCUUUCUCGGAGACCCUCGUAUAGAAAAAUACUGAAUGAACUUUCCUCUGAUGUGCCUGGUAUUCCCAAGAUUGAAGAAGAAAAAUCAGAGGAAGAAGGAACACCACCUAACAUUGCUACCAUGGCAGUACCAACUAGCAUAUAUCAGACUAGCACGGGGCAAUACAUUGCUAUAGCCCAAGGUGGAGCAAUCCAGAUUUCUAACCCAGGAUCUGAUGGUGUUCAGGGACUCCAGGCAUUAACAAUGACAAAUUCAGGAGCUCCUCCGCCAGGUGCUACAAUUGUACAGUAUGCAGCACAGUCAGCCGAUGGCACACAGCAGUUCUUUGUCCCAGGCAGCCAGGUGGUUGUUCAAGAUGAGGAGACUGACCUUGCCCCAAGUCACAUGGCUGCUGCCACAGGUGACAUGCCAACUUACCAGAUCCGGGCUCCUACUACCGCUUUGCCACAAGGUGUGGUGAUGGCUGCCUCACCAGGGAGUCUGCACAGUCCCCAGCAACUAGCAGAAGAAGCAACUCGCAAGCGGGAGCUGAGGCUGAUGAAAAACAGGGAAGCUGCUAAGGAAUGUCGACGUCGAAAGAAAGAAUAUGUAAAGUGUCUGGAGAGUCGCGUUGCAGUGCUGGAAGUUCAGAACAAGAAGCUUAUAGAGGAACUUGAAACCUUGAAAGACAUUUGCUCUCCCAAAACAGAUUAGUAGAAAUAGUUAACUAUGAACUGAUUACAGCAUGUACAGUUGCUUUUGAAUGCAAUACAAUAUAUAGCCGGCAAGAAUUAUGGCUUUUUCCUUUGUAUCAUUCAUCUGACUUUCUAAUAUCUAACAUUCCUAAAAUGCUUCAUUGUAUUUAAUUAGCUCUUACCUCUAAGGUCAAUUUUUUUUAGAAGAGACAAACUGUAAAAAAAUGUAUGUAACAAAUUCUUAAAAUGAAAUAUUUGUAAGACUUGUUUCAGUGCAACCUAUUUGCAGUUCCCAGUCUCUCUGUCCUGAAUAGUGUCCUAUGCAAUAAACAUUUUGCAGGUUUUAAGAAUCAUUUUAGGAAAGGAUGAUCAAAGGCAGUGCAUCCAGCAGUACAAUAAAAUCAAACCACAGAAAUACCUCAGGAAAGAAUGAAAGGAAGUGCAUCUUGAUGACAUGGCUAUGUGAGAAGAAUAGCCUAGAAAUGAAUUUGUGCAUUUAUAGAUUUUUAUAAUCAUCACUUUGUAAAGAAAAUAUUGUAUUGCUGUCCUUGAAUGCCAUAGUUGAAGACAGUUUUCAAUAGAACCAUGUUGGUUGCUCUUUGUA